GGUGUACUGUACAUUACAAACUCCAUUUGCAAAUUACAGUCGCUCUGCGACCUCUGUAGCCUAUACCUGUUUUUUGUUGUUUGGUGUCGCGUUGUUCGAGCUUUCUUCGCUAAGCAGUGAUAGUGAACCCUUCUAUCUCUCUCUCUCAUUCAUCAAGUUCCUGUGUAGCAAAUGGCGAUGAGGAAAUUCUACAGCGAGAUCAAGGGCCUGAAGGUGAAGGAGGUGCCUGGACAUGUGAAGCCGAUGCUUUCCAUCAACUAUGUGAAGAAUGCAUUUCAGAGAUGGCUGGACAACUACCAUGCCAAGUACAUUCAAACCAGCUCCGUUGAGCCACUCUUCCAUGUCUGCUAUGGUGGAUUGAUCUUUUCCUACCUGGUUGCACUCCCUGAGGAACGCCGCCACCUUGAGCACCAGGAGCAUGCCAAGGAGCAUGGAGGGCACUGAUGAUCAAUUUAUUGCAGGUUCCCCAGUCUUGGUUGGGAGACCAUUGAAAUGCUUAUCAUUCUUUGGUCUUGAUAUCUGGAAAUUGUUAACAGAGAAAUACUGUUCUUAAUUGCAUGGCAGCAUUAAGCACAAUAAGAUCCACAUGAACGAUGUUUACAGUACUUUAUUAUUUUAGUUGGAUUGUUGAAAAAAAUGUGUAUCAGGGGAAUUAUGCUUUGUUACUUUAUUUGUUUUGAUUGCUGAGUCCUGUUGAUUAGAUGAUAUUGUCUUGUUGCUUCUGUUGUUACAUGUUUUAUGUGGGGUUUUUAAAACAUUC